AAAAAUGCGAGUGGUAACGAAUGGUGUACUGCUCACUGCAGGCUUCCCUCAGAGAAAGGCGGAAGUGUCAAAACUAGCGUUUCUGUGAACCUAUUGGUAUCGCGUUGGUAAUCAUAGCGCAACAAUUCCAACGAAUGACAUAACAGUACUAUAUUGUUCCAGUUUCAAACAUUUGGUGGCUGGAAAAAUGUUUCGCGUCGGUCGAUGUACUGCGUUGAGGCCGCUCUAUUCCCUUCGAGGCUUCUCAACAGUUAAUGCGGGUGAAAAGGAGGUCAGGCCAAAGCCGCUAAGCGCCAUGCCGAUGGUGAAGGGGUGGCCCGUUAUAGGGACUAUGCUAGAGUUCGUGAAAAACUAUGAGGUUGCGCAUGAGUUACUUCUCCAACGUCACAAGGACUUGGGGCCUAUUUUUUUGGAGGAUACAGGAGGAUUUAAACAAAUUUACAUGAUAGACCCAGCUGCACUGGAAAAACUGCGUCUUCAAGAAGGAAGAUAUCCGUUAAGGAUAGGGUUUCCAGCUUGGGACGAAUAUAACAAGGAUGCGGGGCGAGCUGAUGGGCUUCUUACAGCGCAGGGGGAGUUGUGGUAUCGACUGCGCAGCGUGAUUGACAAGCCGUUGAUGAAGUUCAAGACAGUCGAGAGUUAUGGCGACCAGUUCAGCGCUGUCGCGGCCGAUUUGCUUGACAGACUGGCAGCUCUCCGAGGACCAGACGGAGUCGUGGAACGCAUCGACGUCGAACUCUUCAACUGGGCCUUAGAGUCUAUUUGUACGGUCCUGUACGAGAAACGCAUGGGCUGCUUGUCUGACAACCGAAGUGCAACCACCACCGAGUUCAUUGAGGCAACUCAUGCAAUGGGUGAAACGACAAACAAACUUAUAUUCUUCCCUCCCAAAUUCUCUAAAAUGUUCAGGCGUAAAGAUUGGAAAAGGUUUACUGGAAGCAUGGACACUGUAUUUCGCAUCGCAAAGGAAAAUAUUGACCAAAAGUUGCAGGAGAUAGUGGACAAGCCUGAAGAUGAGGACGCAGGUUUCAUCCAGCAAUUGAUGGCGAAGGGGGUGCUGUCCCCCAAGGAGAUGUAUGCCAAUAUUACACACGUCAUGGCGGGCUCAGUUGACACCACGACACACACAGUUCAGUUCCUGUUGUAUGAAGUAUCCAGGCAACCAGACAUUCAAGGGAGACUACUGGAAGAAGUGACACGAGUUGUGCCCCCUGGUGUCAAACCAACGUCUUCACAUUUGAGAGACAUGCCGUACCUAAAGGCUGUUCUUAAGGAGACCUUACGUCUGUAUCCAGCAGGCAGCGUUGUGAUGAGGAACAUGCCCAAGGACGAUGUUGUCAUGGGAUACCACGUCCCAGCCGGGACAAUGGUCAGUGUGCCGAUCUAUGCCCUGGGACGACAGGCAUCCUUGUACGAUGACCCUUUGACCUUCAAGCCGGACCGCUGGAUGAGGGACAAUUUGGAGGAGAGACAGAAACGCAACCCUUACACAUACCUGUCGUUCGGCUUCGGGCCUAGGAUGUGUGUUGGGCGCCGUGUUGCUGAAAUGGAGAUACAGACACUCGUGUCACACAUCAUCCAACGGUUUGAAAUCGAGCCAGCAGACGACAAACCAAUCGAAGUCCGUGCAAAACUGUUCCUACUACCAAAGGAUCCAGUGAGGAUCAGAUUUAUAGACAGGAAGUGACGUCAUCUAAUGGCUGACACAUUUGUCCCUUUACCUGUUUCUGCUAUCAUAUAUUCAGUGUGGAACAGAUUGAUUACAUCGCUUGAACAUAUUGAGAUUCACAUUAUUUAAGUGAUGGCCUUCGUUGGUAUACGUUUCUGAUGAACUUAGUGAUGGGUCCAUGAAUCAAUCCGAUAUGAUUUUGAAUAUGGACCCCGUACUGGAAAACCCAUUUCCUUCAACAAGACAUCAAUUUUUCAGAUAUUGAAAUUUGAUAUGCGAGUAGUAUGAUAAAGUGUCGUUUUCCGGUACUGGAAUACUAAUUUACUUCUUUUGCAUUGGCAUGCUGGCUAAAAACUGAAUCAAGACGUCAAAAUAUGCUUCUGUUCACCUAGCAGCGAAUGGGCCCCGUAAGGAUGAUAUGGUAAUGUGACGGUUACCCUUAUUUCUCUUAGGCAGCUUGGUUCGUAUACUCCCCAAGGAGCUGAGAAUGACAUCUGAGAAAACACUGAUCAAUUAACAGGGUAAUAUUGAUAAAGCGCUCAAAGUUACAGGAAGGCAUGGAACAAUUUUAAUAUUAUAGAAAUAUUCUUUUUAUUAUUAUUGUUAAUAUUAUUGUUGUUGUCAUUAUUAUUAUUAUUAUUAUUAUUAUAAGGAUCAUGGUAUAUCUUGGCUGAAGGCUGGUCCGCAUGUCAUGAUGGUUAUCAAAUGUUUCAUGUGAAUUAUAAUUAGAUUUUUGUCUUAGCAACAUUUAAUACAUGCACUUGAAAUGUUCACAGCAGCACUCAAAGCACAGGCAAAGCUUUUUAUACUGUCCAAAGCUGCGUUAAAAGUAGCUCACUCACUCACUCACUUCAUACUAAGAUCUUACGGUUUUCCUUAGCUUCAGAAUAUUACAUGUUCAAUGGACUAAGAGAGACCGUAUCCUUCCUCGUCUUUUGUUCAAAACCAAUUUCACUUCACCCACCAUCUGUCUCUCAAUCUUUGUGUUCCAGGUUGUACGUGUUAUUUGCUGAAAUAUUUGUAAACAUCGCUUUGUUGUUGUAUUAAGAGACAGCGUUUCCCAUCUUAAAACCAAUUUCACUUCACCCACCAUCUGUCUCUCAAUCUGUGUGUUUUAGGUUGUACGUGUUAUUUGCUGAAAUAUUUGUAAACAUUGCUUUGUUGUUGUAUUAAGAGACAGCGUUUCCCAUCUUAAAACCAAUUUCACUUCACCCACCACCUGUCUCUCAAUCUGUGUGUUUUAGGUUGUACGUGUUAUUUGCUGAAAUAUUUGUAAACAUCGCUUUGUUGUUGUAUUAAGAGACAGAGUUCCCCAUCAUAACAAAUAUGAUAGAUGGCAUGACAUGUUCGAAAUAAACAAUGAUGACAACAG